UCCGCUCGCAAGAUGGCGGACGGUAAUGUCAUAUUCGGUCGCAAACUAUUAAAGAAAUUCAUACAAAUGUACAAAGAAUUGCCGUGUUUGUGGGACAGGAGUUGUGUCACUUACAAACACAAAAAAAAACGACACGAUGCCAUCGGGAAACUGACUGAAUUGGUCCAACAAUACGACCGCUCAGCGACUAGGUUGCAUGUUUUGAGAAAGAUAGAAAGCAUGCAUGCGUGUGUCCGUAGGGCACACAGGCGUGUAUUGCAAAGUCGGGUCCAAGCUACCAACCCAGACGAAAUAUACACACCGAAUUUGUGGUAUUAUAAUAUGCUGUCUUUUGUUUUGGGAGAGGAGGGAAGUAACGACGAAAUUAAGGACUCGACGGAACCGGACGAAGACGAAAGUCCGCAUCAGAAACACGAAGACGUCGAUGUGGAAGACGAGGUGGGCUACCAGGAGUACGCUUCACCCACGAACAUGAUGGAGGGAAACAGUUUGUUACAGAAAUACGAUUACGAAGAUGAGAAGGCAAAGAGAUAUUGUACUGAAGUCGAAGACGAAUACGACGCUAUCGGUAUAAACGUAGCUGCAAAAUUACGUAGUCUACUUCCCAAUAUGAGGAUAUUAGCUGAGAAGCUGAUCAACGAUGUGCUAUACCAGGCCCAGAUGAACACUCUCGGUUCAUCCACCGUCAUAAUCACUCCAGAUCCGAUCAAACAAGACAUUAAACUAUAGAUUCAAUCUAAGCAAUGGUUAAGACUUGGAUUGCAUAAUCGCAAUUACUAGCAGCUGAAAACAAUCUAGCUACGGAGUUGGUUUUGAAAAUAAAAUCCCUAAGAUGGAAGACUAAAAGAAUUUCUAGAACUUUCUUUACAAUAAAAUGUUGCGGAGAAAGAUUUUGUGGUGUAUUUCAUUUAAAUAUUUUUUAUAUAUAUUUAGGGAACA